CGGCGUGGCGGCCAAGUUCAGUUGCCGGUGGAAGUCAUGAAGCAUAAUCGAGGAACUGUGUUUGUUUUGAUUUUGGGUGCGUUUUUGUUGGUAGACUUUGCUUUGGGCUAUGGAAAUCAGAAAAAUUGCGGAAGAACUUGUCGGUGGGCUCCAGCAGUCGAGGUUCGCGAUGGGUGUUUGUGUGGAACGACGAUGCCCGGAUGGGAAAAGGAUCCGUUCGAUGCGUUUCUAGGAAUCCCUUACGCAAAAGCUCCCGUCGGGGAGUUGAGAUUUGCGAAUCCAGUGCCGCAUGGCCCCUAUAAGAGCUUCCAUAAUGCCAGUGUUGCCGGUCCAAUGUGUAUUCAGAAGAACGAUUUCUUUCCGGGUUCCGUUAUCGAGGGAGCUGAAGAUUGCCUUUUUCUGAACGUGUAUAGACCUAAGAACGUUCAAGGAGCCCUUCCGGUUAUAAUUUACAUUCACGGUGGAGGUUACCUGAAGUGGUCUGCCAUACCGACACUUUUCGGACCGGAACGUUUCAUGGACACCAAGAAGGUGAUUCUGGUUACGCUGCAGUAUAGAUUGUCGUUGUUUGGAUUCCUUUCGACCGGAGACAAGUAUGCACCUGGUAAUUUUGGCCUCAAGGAUCAGAGCAUGGCACUGCGAUGGGUCCAUGACAACAUCCGGAACUUCGGAGGAGAUCCAGAACAGAUAACGCUCUACGGGCACUGUGCCGGAGGAAUUUCAACUCAGUACCACAUGAUGAGUCCCAUGAGUCGGGGCCUGUUUUCCAAAGCCAUUUCCGGUAGUGGCAAUGUGUACUGUGAAUGGUCCAGCCCCAUGCCAAAUCCCUUGGAGAUUGCCAAACAGCAAGUGGCAGCUGCUGGAAUUGUGAGCAUCAAAGAGAUGACUUCACAAGAAAUUGUUCAAGCACUUAGAGGUGUACCUGCCGUGGAUUUGCUAGCAAGUGUUGCCAAACUCAAGGCCUGGUACGUACAUCCGAUAGUUCUCUAUCGUCCGGUCAUUGAAAACCCAGCCGUGGAAGGAAGUUUCAUGGUAGAAGAUCCCAGAAAACAGUGGGCUGAAGGACGUUACGCACAAAUUCCUUGGAUGACCGGCCUGGUUCCCAAAGAAGGUGCCGUCGUCACCGUUGCUAUUGAAUGUAACUCCACCCUUAUGCAAGAUGUUAUCAACAUGGACAAAGUUUUGGUUCCCAAUGUCGCUGGCGUACCCCCAGAAGUCUUACCAACUUUAAACGAGAGGUUCUUCAAAGGAGCUCCAAUCAACUCCGAAACGAAGAAGAACUUCCAAGGCAUGGUCAGCGAAGCUCAGUUCCAUUGUGGCCUGAUGGAAUCCAUCCGGAUCUUCAGACAAAAGUCAGAUCUAUCCAGAACUCCGAUGUCAGUCUACUUUUUCAACUUCCUCGGACGCUACUCCAUCUCGUCCCUGUACUGUGGCGGUCCAAUGCCUCCCUCCUAUGGUGUGGUAAACAGCGACGAGCUCAUCUAUCUUUUCCGGAUGCCCAUAUACUUCCCCGACUUCCCACCGGAUUCCGCUGAAGCGGAAAUGUCCCGGGAGAUUGUUCGAAAGUGGAUAGAAUUCGCCUAUACCGGAAAAUUGUACAACCAACAGUCGAGCUACGAUAGUCUGGGAAAACAGGACCAAUUUAUGCUGGAAUGGACCAAUGCCUGGAAUGGAAUUUUUAACGGGGUAUAUUUAUUUUUAUGGAAAUCUAUUGUAAAAGGGAGAUGCCAAGGAUGGUAUUCAAGCGAUAAGAAAACGACAUUUUGGACUUUCCCGAGAGUUUUUCUAAACCAAGCAAACAUGAAAUCGUAUCAGAAAUGAUAUUUUAAAUCGUUUACAAUGGUAUUGCGAAUCGCAAAUCCAACUGCAUAGUGAAAAGAUCGUAUUAAAUGUCGUCUUAGGUCAAUUUCUAUCGGAUAUGAUGGAAAGUCCGCCAUGUUUGUUUAUUUUCUAAUGAUUUUUCUUUCGCGCGGGUUUCAAGUGAGAAAAUCAUCGUCCUGUUCUCUCAGCAACCAGCAGUGCAUCCAGAUGGCAGUAAAUCAGAUGGGAAUUGAGUAAUAUUGACCAAUGGGAGAACUGGCAAAUAUUGUCGUUGGCAACGAUCUGAAGGCUAUGAGAGUAAGAUUUUGCGCUCUCUUGCAUUCUUCCGAUAGGUACGAAUAAAGUGUCGGACAGCGCCCAAUUGGUGUAGUUUUCGUCGCUUUAGAAAGAAAUGAAAUUUAUGUUUGUAUAUUACCUUCACUUUGGUAGGUAAAUGCUGUUUUUUUUCAACUUUCAUACGAUCAAUCCAUAACGUAUUUUGAACGUAUAUUAAAACAGUAUAAGAAUAUAGCUAAAAAAAAGUGUUUUCUGGCAAUCUACCAAGCUGUUUUAAUACAUUCGGAAGCCGUAGUAAGCUGUACUAUGAAUUUAAUUGUCAUCUUUUUGGCAAUAGGUAUCGUAGGUGUAACAUUUCUCUAAAACUUAGUUCAUUUAGGAAUGGACACUUUUUUUUGGUGACAGCUAAGUUUCUAGUAAUCGGACAGGCAAAAUUUUGACAGCGUUGGAUUGUUCGUAAAAUGUACUAUUCUGCCUUAUUUUCUCAUUAUUUAAUCCAAGAGAAGAAGAAAAGAAUAAUUGUGCACGCACAGCUUCUUUCAAAAUCCAUCAUUGGUAACGGUAAGAUUCCAGUGAAAACGUGUUUAAGUGGCUCAAAAAUAAUCAAUUCUUUUCAAAUUCGAAAUCGCUGAAUCCAUCAAAUUGUCCCCAGUUUUUGUCAAAGAAAAGUAUUGGUCAAAAAAGUAGUGAAAAUUGAAUAAGAAGGAAACAGUUACCUAAAAUGCAGUUGAGACAAAGAACAAGUGAUAAAAACUGGAGUGAUUUGCCAAUAGUUGCACAGUUAAGCACAUGAUUUUGGUUUUUAUGCUGUAUUUUAGUCAUUUCAAUUGGAUUCGCUCAAUUUUUUUUUUGUUGAUUGAUACAGGACACGGAUUAAUGAACAAGAUCCAACAGUUCAAGUGUUCUGAAAAAAAAAAAUAAAUAACAUAAAACUUUAAAAAAUAUCAUUUAAAUUUGUUUGUUCUUAAUAGUUGCACCAGCAAAUUUUAUGACGUGCCUCAUGUGGUAAGAUUUUUUUCCAAUGGUUGCACAUUUUAAAAACAUUCUUAGGGCUCAGCCACCAUGUGGUCAAUGAGGGUGACAUUUCAUACGGAAGCUUAUUAUAAGAACUUCGGCAAUCCAAUUUCUAGACGGUCCUUUUUGAGGAAGUUCUUCCAUAUAAACCUUUCAAUAAAAUUUUGUGUCAUUGGAAUUUCAUCGAAUGAACAAAAUGAUAUUUAAUAGGUUCUCAAUUUUAUUUUCUUGUACCUAUUUACACCCUCUACCCUCCCCUCGCCCGAAGUUUCAGAUCGUUCGACUGAUUUAUACUGAAGAUAUACAAUUUUGUUUGAAUUUAUUUUUUUCCAAAAACUAAAUUGAUUUAAAUUACUUUUUCAUGGAAUUGGGAUUAUUUUUAACAACUUUAACUCCUUUAUUAAGCAUUAAGUCACGGAUAAAAAAAAUCUGAUAUUUCCUACAAUAAUCCACUUAUUGUCAAACAUAUAUCUGAUUGCUUCUCGAGCAACUAUAAUUAUCAAAAUGUCAACAGUACAUAUAAUAGACAAUCUGGUUGAUUUUGU